AUGGGAGCCGUCAACUGCUGUGCCCAAACUGCUCCUGACGUCGAUGCGUCGUGGAAGACAGGCGACCGUGAUCGAAAGCUGAGCAGAGGCGAAGCGAGAGAGCUCCUGCCCAUGUAUACCUACGAGCCGUCCCUGUCGCUGGAUCUGGAAGAAGACCGGGUGUCGAGUCCCGAUGGUGGCAGUGCGAGCUUCUUUUCGGGAACGCCGAGCUCAGCAGCGAGCAAUCGAGAGCUGGACGACCCGUCGGUCGUUGUUGUCUCUGCGGACGGUGUCGUAGAGAUUUACAGACAUCUCGAAGUGCACGAGGAUGGUCUGACACCAGAGGCACGACUAGACGAGCAGGAUGAUGACGUAUCACCAGAAGCACGAGCACUGCUUCCUGCGCCCAACUCAUGCCCUCGUUCGGGCAUGAACAUCCGUAGUCGGCAGUCACCGACGUUUGGAAGCACAAAGUCUCACGUGUCGGCGCCACGACGGACACAGUCAUUCGGUGAAGAUCCCUACCAAGUACACCUGGACGACUACUUGUGCGCGUGCAAGCGCUGUCCUCGAGCAUUGACGAUCCAGCGCGCGUUUCAGCUGUACGGCUUCGCACUUGAUCAUCCUCACAGCGACGCCCUUCUCCGCGUCUUGCGUGCAUGUGCCAACUACGACGAGACGAUUGUUGAAGUGGACCCGAUCCUCGUGCUGCAUGCCGAGAAGAUGCUGGAAGAGCUCAACUUUAACGAGAACGAGACGUUCUGCCUCCUCGUGGCUUCGCACUUUCAGCGCCCAUGA